AGCUGGAAUGGCUGCCAUUGACAGAGCUUUUAGUGCAAUACCAUUGUGCAGAAUGGAAUAUCAUCAGCCAGACUCGUUUCUUCAGAGGACCAAUACAUCGGGGAUUGUAGACUCUCCUUUCCUUGAUACAUCUGCCAGUCCACUUAACCAAAUAAACAGUAUUCCCAUGGCUACUGGCCUAAACACAAAUGGCUCAUGCUUCAGUAUGUAUAGUCCUUUUCUUCCAAACCCUGUUCCUGGGGGAGAAAGUAUGGGCAUGUUUUUGGGAAAUGCAUUACCCAUGCCGAAUCCGGAUGGGACACAUGUUCUGUCACAGACUUGUACUUGGCCUAGUAGCCGAAUGAGAAAGAAGCAUAGACAAGAUCAAGAUAGCUUUGACUGUCCAUCAAAGAGGAGGAAGCUCUGUGUGUCUCCUGUUCUUGAAGGAUGUCAAGCUCGAACCACUUAUACUGGAGAUGCAUCACAGCCCCGUUGGAGCCCGAGCCUUUCACAAGUCACACGAACAGCUGUAGCUCCAUCACUGUGUAUACCAUCACCUGAGAUGCAGGCAGCCCUUGCUGAGGGCAUGGAUGAAACCACUAUAGAAUCUCAGUCUGAUGCUGCUCUUAGAAGAAUUAGGGAUAUUGAAAGCAGGCUAGUCCUUGAAGAGGAUGAUGAUGAAGAAGAAGACAAUAAAAAUGACCGUUUACCCACACUUGUAAUGUCUGAUGUACUUGUAGAAAGCCUGAAAAAAGGCUUGGAUGAAUCACUGACCAAGAAGAUUGUGGAUUCCAUGAAUCGUCCAUCAAUGGAGCUCGUCCUUUGGAAACCCCAACCUGAAUUUCUUCUUGAUAAACUACAAAGUUUUACUGGUAGACCUAAGGAGGAAACCAAAGCAUCCACACAAAAUACUCCUAGAACCCCAUUCCUUCGGCAAGUAGAUCGGCUGGAGGCAGACAAGCCACACAUUUUAAAUGUAGACUGUGAUGUUGACCCCAUGUGGGGCAGAGAAGAGGAAGAGAUGGAACUCUGAA